GAAUUAAUAACCGUUCAUCUGCCCGUCAACAGUACACUAAAUUUAAACCAAUUCCACGCAAAUACGUUAGUCAGCCACUGGCCACUAUCAGUUUUGCUCAUUUUUACAAAAUAGUGUUCACAGAAUGAGGCUCUCAGCGUUCUUGAUAUGUAUUUUUUCUAAUUGUGUGUGUGUUUUUACGACUGAAAUACGAAGCUACCGCCUUCCUACCGACGUAACUCCAAUCCAUUACUCUCUAAGGAUACGCCCGUACGUAGACGAGGAAGUUUUCGAUGGAGAAGUGUCCAUUCACGUUAGGGCGAAAAACGUCCUUGACAAAGUUAUCCUGCACAGCUCGAGUCUAAACAUCACCGAGGCUUUCAUUAAUCGCGUGGUUGCAGAAUUUAAAAAUGAAGAUGACGAAAAAUUGUCCCUGCGUUAUGCCAACGAAUCGAUUCAACCUGGGGAGCACGUUUUGUUUAUUAAGUACAAGGGGACGCUCCAAAGGCAGGAAAUUGGGUUUACGAAGUCGCCAUUCAGUUAUAACGGGGAAGAAGGACAUCUUUUGGUAACAGACUUCGAGCCGUCAAGUGCCAGGAAAGCUUUUCCAUGUUUCGACGAGCCUGCAUUUAAAUCGAAAUUCAAUAUAAGGCUCGUAGCGCCCGAUGACACCUAUAAGGCCAUUUCAAACAUGCCCGAGAUCAACAGAUUUACAACACCGCAAGGAGUCGUCUAUGACUUUGCUACAUCAGUGACAAUGUCUACUUACCUCGUAUCGUUUGCCCUGACCAAGUAUUCAUAUUAUGAGGAUUUAUUGGAGGAACCUGACAGGACAGUACCAAUAAGGGUGUACACUUACAACGCCAGUCAAGAAAACAAUCAAUUCGCUGUGAAUUGUACAAAGAGAGCUCUACAAUUCUACACCGAAUAUACGAAUAUUAGUUACCCUUUACCGAAAUUGGACAUGAUAGAAUAUGACAGACCCCAAAGUGCUGCUACAGAAAACUGGGGUUUAAUCACUUUUAGAGAAGGACUACUUACCCUUAAUUUAGAUAUAUUCGACGCUAGUCAAAUCAAAGUUGUAAUGUAUCAUGAGCUAGCACAUUUUUGGUUUGGAAAUUUAGUCACGAAUGAUUUUUGGAACGACCUAUGGCUUCAAGAGGGCUUUGCUACGUACAUGAGUUACAAAUUAUAUCUAGCUGAGUCGCCAGGAAUGAAACUAAAUGAAUCCAGAACUUUCUUCUUUGAUGGUUAUGAAGAAGCUAGCGAGAAAUUACCUAGCAAUCCAAUUGUUUAUUAUUUGACAUCGCAGAAGCUUUUAGAGCAAAGAUUUGACAGGAUUGUGUACAACAAGGGUCCGUCUAUACUUUUGAUGCUGGAGAACGUCAUCGGUGAAAAAGCUUUUCAGCAGGUGAUACGCAAGUUCCUGAAAAAGCAUGCCUUCAAGACGGCAACCACUAACGACUUUAUAUCCACAGUCGAAGAGGUGGUCCCAGACGUACACCUGAGGGGUUUCCUUGAAAGUUACCUGUACCAAAGCAGAUUUCCAAUCGUUAAGGUGGUACGCUCUGAUGGGAAAUUCAUCUUGCAGCAAGAGACAUGCGCCACUGUCGCGAAAUUUUUGAGCUCAGGGGAAAGGUGGACCAUACCCAUUACGUAUAUUACAGACACCAACAAAACACCAACUCUGAAAUGGUUCGAUCAGGAUAUGGAUCAAUUGGUCAUUGAAGAACCUAGUGCGAAGUGGAUUCUAUUCAAUAAGCAUGAUGUCGGUGUUUACAAAGUAAAUUUUUCAGAUGAUUCAUGGAACGAUUUGGUAGAGCAUUUUGAGGAUCUAUCUUUAGAAGAGAGUCAAUUGCUCAUAAACGAAGCUACAUAUUCCUUCAAAUUCGGCAUCAUCGACUGCACCGUUCUAUUUACUUUAAUGAAGCACGUAAAUCACCAGAAACAGUGGAUAUAUCUCUUCGAGUUCCAUGAUAUCAUCGUUACUGAACUGACAUGCAGUGGGUACAAAGAAGAGGUAGAAAUGUACAUGAAUUUUUUGCGUAAAAGGUUCAACGAGACAAAGGUUCCAAAGAAGCCAAAUCUCUAUCAUCAAAACUGCACGAAUAUAAGUGAAAUUAAGAAGGCAAACAUUAAACUUGGACUUUGCGUCAAAUGGAUCAGAGACAAUUUAUCGUCAAAAAGUAAAGAUGCACCAGAAAAUUUAGCAAGUAGAUAAGACGAGCAGGAACCCCAAGGGACUGACUCUUUAGGCUGAAUUAGAUCUGAAAAUUAGGGCCGAAAAUUAGUAGGACCGAUUGAAAAAACAAGUGCUACAAGAAAUUAUUUAAUUUAUCUUACGUAUAUCGUCUACAUUGUGCAGUAUUUUAAAUUGAAUAAAAUGAUACUUUUUUUUCUAAAUAUAAGAUUUUUGUUCUUUUAA